AUGGCGGCCUCGAAGGUCGACGGGCCGGUGAUCGGCAUCGACCUGGGGACGACCUACUCGUGCGUGGCCGUGUGGCGGCACGACCGCGGUGAGGCCAUCGCCAACGACCAGGUCAACCGCCUCAGGCCGUCGUGCGUGGCGUUCACCAACGCCGAGAAGCUCGUCGGCGAGGCGGCGGUGAACCAGGCCGCCUUGAACCCCACCAACACCAUCUUCGCGCCGAGUCUGUACAAGAAGAUGUCAAGUUGUGACCUUUCAAAGUCGUCGCAGCAUGAAGGCAAGGAGAAGCAGUUCAUGCCUGAGCAGAUCUCCUCCAUGGUGCUGGUCAAGAUGAGAGAGACAGCCGAGGUAUAUCUCGGUAAAAAGAUCAAGAACGCUGUCAUCACCGUGCCUGUCUACUUCAACAACUCCCAGCGCCAGGCUACCAUUGACGCCGGUGCCAUUGCCGGCCUAAAUGUCAUGCGCAUUAUCAAUGAGCCAACCGCCGCUGCCCUUGCAUAUGGUCUUGAGAAGAUGCCAGUCAGCAACAAACGAAGGACAGUUCUCGUUUUUGAUCUUGGUGGUGGUACCUUUGAUGCUCACCUUUUGGCGGGGCGGACUUCGACAACGAGAUGCAACCAGAAGGCGCUUCGGCGGCUGAGGACUGCCUGCGAGAGAGCAAAGAGGAUGCUGUCUUCCACCGCACAGACCACCAUUGAGGUCGACUCACUCCAUGACGGCAUUGACUUCUGCACCACCAUCACCCGAUCUCGAUUCGAGGAGCUCAACAAGGAUCUUUUCAGCAAGUGCAUGAAGGCUCUGGAUAAGUGCUUAUGUGAUGCCAAGAUGGACAAGAGCAGCGUCCACGACGUCGUCCUCGUGGGCGGCUCCACCCGUAUCCCCAAGGUGCAGAGCAUGCUUCGGGAUUUCUUCUAUGGGAAGGAGCUUUACCGGAGCAUCAACCCUGAUGAAGCUGUUGCUUACGGUGCUGCCAUCCAGGCCUCUAUUCUCAGUGGUGCAACUGACGAUGGGAGAUUAGUGGAUAUGCUUCUGCGCGACGUUACGCCACUCUCGCUUGGGAUAGCGAUCAGAGAUGAUUAUAGUACAAUGAAAAUGGUGAUCCCGAGGAACACCGCCAUCCCGACCAAGAAGGUGCAGGGCUUCACUACUAACUAUGACAACCAGACUACUGUUUCCUUACCAGUGUACGAGGGCGAGAGCGCAGACACCAGGGACAACAACCUGCUCGGCACGUUCAAGCUCACCGAUGUACCCCCGGCACCGGAGGGUGUACCUAAGUUUGAUGUCACCCUCGAUAUCGAUGCAAACGGCGUCAUGAAGGUGUCCGCGGAGGACAGGGACACUGGGAAUAAGAAUAGCAUCACCAUCGUUAACCACGGCGGCCGACUGCGCAAGGAGGAAAUCGCGCGCAUGGUGCAGGAGGCCGAGAAGUAA